CUCGUCCCGCCUACUCUCCGUUUCAUGCUCCGGCCGCGGCAACGCCCCCUUUUCCUCUCCGACACACCCACUCUCCCGCCCAACGCCAACGGCCUUCGCCGCCGCUUCCUGCGGAGCAUGCGCAGACCAUCGUGUGGGCCCGUCCCGGCCCCUCCCCCCCUUUUCCAUUCCUUUCUCUCCCUCGCGUGUCAGAAAGGGAGCCGCGUAAGCUCUGCGACUUCGGCAGCAGACGAGAGAGCGAGCGAAGAGAGGGGCGAAGGGGAGCGGCUCCGGUGGGAGGCCCCGGAGGCCAGCCCUGCUUCGCCAGCCGACCAGAAAGAGCGGGCGGGGAGGAGGAGGCGAGGCGGCGGCGGCGGUUGUAACGGCCGAAACCGACGAGGCGCGCGGAGCGGGAGCUCGUCGUUCCGUCUUUGAAGGCGACAGGUAACCGCGGCGGCAAGAUGAGCAUCGAGAUCCCGCCGGGUCUGACGGAGCUGCUGCAAGGCUACACGGUGGAGGUGUUGAGGCACCGGCCGCCGGACCUCCUCGGCUUCGCCGCCGACUAUUUCUGCCGCCUGAGGGACACCCGAGACCAGCAGCUACUGGAGGGGGCAUUUAGGAAGUCAGGAUGUGGGGUGGAAGAAUUUACUGUGUUUGAGAUGAAGAGUUAUGUACCUAUCUUGCAUUUCUCUUCUUGGCAGUGGAAGAGCUAUACUAUAGCUGAUCCGUUCAGUGUUAGUUUAAUGCUCAGUAAAGCUCCUGUUAUCAACAGAUACAACAGAAGAGUAUCAGUCUGUGCAGAAGCAUUCAACCCAGAUGAAGAAGAGGAGGAUACUGAACCAAGGGUAGUUCAUCCCAAAACAGAUGAGCAAAGAUGCAGAUUGCAGGAAGCAUGUAAAGAUAUCCUCCUCUUCAAAAACCUUGAUCAGGAGCAGCUAUCUCAGGUUCUCGAUGCCAUGUUUGAAAGGAGAGUUCAACCUCAGGAACAUGUGAUUGACCAAGGAGAUGAUGGAGACAAUUUUUAUGUCAUUGAACGGGGAUUGUAUGAUAUUUUUGUAACACGAGAUGGCCAGACUCGCUGUGUUGGCCGCUAUGAUAACCAUGGCAGUUUUGGAGAACUGGCCUUGAUGUACAACACUCCUAGAGCUGCAACGAUUGUUGCCACGACAGAAGGAGCCCUUUGGGGACUGGAUCGAGUGACAUUCAGAAGAAUUAUUGUAAAAAAUAACGCAAAGAAAAGGAAAACAUACGAACUAUUUAUCGAGUCAGUUCCACUGCUUAAGUCACUGGAGCCAUCAGAACGAAUGAAAAUUGUUGAUGUAAUAGGGGAAAAGACAUUUCAAGAUGGGGACCGUAUCAUUUGUCAGGGUGAUAAGGCAGACAGUUUUUACAUUGUAGAGUCUGGUGAAGUAAAAAUCUUGAUUAAAAGCAAGACUAUCACAGGCAAGGAUGCAAAUCAGGAGGUGGAGAUUGCUCGGUGUCAAAAAGGACAGUAUUUUGGAGAACUUGCACUUGUUACCAACAAGCCCAGAGCAGCCUCUGCCUAUGCAGUUGGUGAAGUCAAAUGUUUAGUUAUGGAUGUGCAAGCAUUUGAGCGAUUGCUUGGCCCCUGCAUGGACAUUAUGAAGAGGAAUAUAACACAUUAUGAGGAGCAGCUGGUGGCACUGUUUGGUUCAAGCAUGGACCUGACAAAUCCAGGCAAUUAGGCACUGAGUACCUUAGUGCCUUCUUGGUUCAAGACACAGAAAAGUCUCCUAAUAGCAGCAACGCAGCACCACACAAAUGAAAAAAGGACACUACGGGACAGUGGCUGUUGGUGUCUUCUUGGGCAUUUUUUUAGAAACCUACAUGUCUCAGCACAGCUGGAUGGGUCAAGGCUUGCUCCAGGCCUCUGCUUUGCUGCUGAAAUGUCAUUAUUAGACCUAGCUUACGGCUGAGUCUCUUAAACCUCCUUUCACAUUUCUUGGUUCAGAAUGGCAUGUCUCUCCAACAAUUCAAGUGCCUGAUAUGAAAGAUGUGGAGCCCUCAAUGAUGUGUUGUUCUUGUUUUAAAAAGAAAGGGUGAACUUUGUAAUCAGUGAUUUGAGAUAGGAGGUGGCUUUUCCUUCACUCAGGGACAGCCACCUCCUUAACAGUAUCUUUGUUUUGACAUUUUUUUUCCAUGACAGAGGAUCAAAAUCGCUUUUGAUAAUAAUGAUGAUGAUGAUUUACCUGGGCUUGAAGAAGUCAAUGAUGUCAAAGGGGGUGGCAAGGCAUUGAAGCUAGUGAAUUUGCUAGUUCUAGAUUUUCCCUGCCAUCUGCUGGAUGUGGCAAUUACUGCAACUCUAAAAGUUAAGGCUUUGGUUGAUAAUGAAUAGAGUAUUGAAGCAAAAUACCCAGUUAUCAGUACAUGUAACUGCAAGCAGAAUGGAUUUUUUUAUAUUUCUAAGACUACAGUGGUUUUGAAUAGGCCAUGAGAUUCAGUGGCCACAAGUAUUGCAGCCAUAUUGUCCUUUUUCUGUUUCUUAAAUUGGACUAAUUUAUAGUCUGAUAGGAAAUAGGAGAGCAUAACCCAAAUUCCUGUUAAUGGGAAUUCUUUAUACUCCUAGAUUUCGCAUGACAUUGCCCUUGGCAGAACCAGUUUUAAUGCUUUUUUAAAAAAAAAAUUAAGGAGUGUUUUUUUGGUAACUGAAAGAAUAUUUGUGUACUAAAGGGGGCUCCCUUCAACUGCAGUACAGUAUUUUACAACAGCCUAUAUAGCUAAUUAGGUAUAACUAAUUUUCCAAUUGCCAAAUCUUUUUGCUAAAUCCUUUUCGAAAAUAAUUAGCAUUUUACUUCAAAAUGAAUGAUUUUUUAAAAAAUGCAAAAAGAAAAAUCUCAUUUACAUUCUUGGCAGUUGAAAUGUGGCUUGGAGGGAUCACUUUGGAGCAUAGAUUCAGUUAAUUAUAUUCCCCCAAAAUGCCUAAGUCAGUGGCUUUUUAAAAGGAUAGCUUCUUAGAGGAGUAUUUAGCCAAAUGACAUCUGGACUGAAUUUUUAUCCAAAAUUAUAUUAUCAAAGUAUUAUCUCUGCAAGAAUUAAACUGUGAUAAUUCAUUUUUUCAUAGCAUUAGAAAGAAAUUUCUUAAAGGAAAAGGUACUGAAUGCAUAAGUAGUAAUAUCAGUUGUCUGUUUCAUUAUCAGUAUUUCUAAGCAUGUUAUAAGCAUGUCUAGAUUGGAGAUAGUUUUUCACUAAUAGUGGAUUGUCAUCUGGUGGAGUAAGCAAACAUUUACUCAUUGUGGUUCUGCCAGGUAAACUUUAAAUGUGUCUACCCUUUCUGAAUUCAUCCUUCUUGGCAGUGCCAGAAAUCCAGUUCACAAGUUAGUUUCUAGCCAUUAGCCAUUUUCUUACAAAUUUCUACAUUAUUUGUUUUAAUACAGUCUUGAAUCAUGGGAUGAUAUUGUGCUGGGCAAAAGGACUUAGUUUGUUUUUUUUGUUAUGAAAGUCACAGAAAAGGCAUUCAGAUUCUAGUGGUUUUAUCCUCUGUUUUCCCCAGCAUCUCAACUUCAGCUAAUAGGAAACAGGUGUGCUGCUGCCCUGAAAGUCCAGAAGAAACUAACACUUAAAUGUUAAUCUAAAUGUUUUGCACCAAAGAUAUUGUUCUUAAUGGUACAAAUAUCAAUUUGUGUAAACUUCUUCUAGGUUCUAGACAGAAAGAUGGAAGUUGAUGGGAAAACCUAUCUGUGCAGCCUUUAUUAAUUAUACAGCUGUGCAUUAAAGCCAUUCUUGAGGGUUUUUAAAAGACUUGGUCAGAUUCCAGUUGCACCAAACAAAUCAACUCUAGAUCAUACUUUCCAGCCAGUAGAGAUGUUCACUUCAUAUAUGUAUCACUUGCAGAGCACUUGGGUCUCUGGAGCAUUUGUGCCUGUCCAUUCAAUCCAGUUGAAUUUAAUACUGCUAUAAUAGUGCUUACAAGUUAAACCAUAUUCCAUAUCUGCACUUGUUGACAUUUAGUUUGGGUCUUGGAAACAAUACUCCAUUGAAAGACCCUUAUCUAUGAUGUGUUUGAAACCAUGUGCAGAACUGGAAGUGGAGAUGUGAAAUGGGUAGAGCAGUAUUAGUUGCCAUUGAUUUUUACAUUGUCUGUUGAACAAGUUCUAAAUAUUCUAUUUUUCUCCCCCCUUUCAAGCAGGCAUUUGAAGGGCUGAAUUUGACAACCCCAAACUGGCCAUAAAUGUCAGUCUGUACAAAGUCUUUAUAUGAUCCUGUGUUUCUGAAUUAUGAACUAGUUUUAUGAAUUACUUUAUCAUGGGCACAAUUCACUGGCAUUCAUGUGACAGACUAUGAAAAUUCUAUUUACACAUUGAAUCAGGACAGUUAGAUUUUUCCAGUUAGAUUUAAACAGCAGUCCAGUUUGUGGUCAUCUGGAUUACUCCUUUGCACAAAUGAAGUCAAUGUUGCUUUAAAAAAAAGCAAUUUGAGCAUUAUCAGAGUGAAAAUAAUUGGAAUAUUGCAUUACUAAAUUAUUUGCUAUGUAGUGUAUAGAAUGGAAGCUGUGUGGUGCAGCCAUGCAGAUACCUUGACUCCUAGCAAUGUUGACUAAGACUAGUUGAGCACAGUCUUUGGAUUCAUUAAUUUAUGAUUUAUUUGAACACCUCUUAAGAAUUUUCUUUCUACUUUUGCUGGCAUGGUGUUUGUUUUUUUGGGGGGGGGAAUCUGCUAUCUUAUAAAUGAUCAAUGGAAAAAAUCUACUUUUAAUAGGAGAACUCAGCAGCAAAGUGGUCAUCAGGAGUGGUGUUUCUGAGAUUGUCUUUUCAAAAUAAUACAGUAUGCCAUUUUUGAGAUUCCUGGAAAGAGCAACUAAGUAUCCUGGUUAUUACGAUAUUGUUGUUAAUGGAUAGCACAAUUUUUCACGAAACCUAUUAAACUAAAUUCUAUGAAAAAACAUCAGCUGGAAGGUACAGUUUUACAGAGGGAAAAAGGGUAGCUCAUUUGUUUUUCCUCCGUCCUUUUUAGUUCUUGACAUGUAACUGUAAACUAGGUUUGCCAAAAAUAUAACUUGUUUUGGUUUCCCCAAACCACCACUCCACUUACCUUCUUUUUGUGACUUCUGCUGGUAAGGUGUGUUUCACUGGCUCCAAUCAUAUAUUUCAGUUGAAGAGACUUUGGUGUGGUUUCUCUCUGUACAGGCUAUAGAGCCAUGCUGGACCUUGAUCACCAGGGAAAAGGAAGUGGUCCCUUAUCUCUAAGGAGCAUGACAUAGAUUUGAUGAGCCUAGCUGAAGCAUAAAUCAAGUGCUAUGAAUGCCUUCCUCAGUCACAAGGGUAAUUUUAAUGUUGCAUAAAUAUGCUAGCUACCUCAAGGCUCUAAGUGCUUUAAAUGUGUCUUGCCUGUGAGAAUUCCACAAAUUUGUCCUGAUAAGUUGGUCCGUUGCAUUACAUAUGUGGAAUGUUCUCUCUUUUUUUACUUUGUGGAGAAGGACAUAUUUUAACUCAUUUUACAGCUAGUACUCCCCCCCUCCCCAGAAAAAGUGUGGACAUAUUUGUAAAGGGGUCAUUUCUUGUGAUAUAGCAUUGCCCAGGGUAAAGGGGAAAGAACACCUGCCAUAAAAUAUGCUGGUCUCAGUCUGAUCUGGGGUUUGACUUUGUUUCCAACUAAUAAAAGCUGACAUGCCUUGUCCAGCCUUUCUGAUUACA